GAAUGGCUGACCAAAACUACUCUGUAGCUACCUUAUUUCAAAUACGUGCGCGCGUGUGUGUGUGUGAGGUGCAGAGGCGCACCAGUGUUUUAUUAUUCCUGACCAUGUGGCUACAUGUGGUCACGACGUAGAUCGAUACUUGCGUAUCGGAAUUUCUGCUGCUCUGUGGAGGACGAGGCUGCAGAGACGCAGAGAGAGUGGCAUGGCAAUGGCGAUGAGACUGAGGGAGAGACAGCAGUGAGGUGUGACAUGACCGGACUAGAGAGAGAGAGAGAAAGAGAGAGAGAGAGCACUAUUGUAACUAUUCACUGACUAACGGUACCUUCGCCACCCAUCUCUCUCUCUCUCUCUCCCUCUCUCUAUCUCUCUCUCUCUCUUACACACACACGCGCGCGCGCGCUGAUGAAACGAUGCCCCGCUGCUGCUCACCGUCACCGCCGCCGCUGAGCAGGUGUUGCACCACCUCAGAACAGGGACGUCGUUAAUCAACUUGCAUGUAUGUGUGUGUGCAUGUGCAGUGCGUCCUUCUCCGCGGUCCCGCACGCAGACGAUCGAGAAGAUGCUGAGCAGACUGAUGAGCAGCAGCAUCAGGAGUCUGGACAGGGAAUGCGACUGCACGGUGAGGCUGCUGGACGACUCGGAGUACACCUGCACCAUCCAGCGCGAUGCCAAGGGACAGUACCUGUUUGACCUCAUUUGCCAUCAUCUCAACCUGCUGGAGAAAGACUACUUUGGCAUUAGAUAUGUCGACCCGGACAAGCAGAGGCACUGGUUGGAGUUUUCAAAGUCAAUUUCCAAACAGAUGAAAACCCAGCCUCCAUUCACCAUGUGUUUGCGUGUCAAGUUUUACCCACCUGACCCAGCUGCCCUGAAAGAGGAAAUCACAAGAUAUCUCGUCUUCCUGCAGGUUAAGAGGGAUCUCUACCAUGGUCGCCUCCUCUGCAAGACAUCAGAUGCUGCUCUGUUGGCUGCCUACAUAUUACAAGCUGAAAUCGGUGACUACGACCCCGGGAAACACCCGGAGGGCUACUGCUCCAAGUUCCAGUUCUUCCCCAAGCAUUCAGAGAAGCUGGAGCGGCGGAUUGCUGACAUCCACAAGACUGAGCUCAUAGGUCAGAGUCCUGAAACAUCCGAGCUCAACUUCCUCCAGAAGGCUCAGAUGCUGGAGACAUAUGGGGUGGACCCUCAUCCAUGCAAGGACGUAUCUGGCAACCCAGCUUUUCUGGCGUUUACUCCUUUUGGAUUCACUGUGCUGCAAGGAAACAGGAGGGUCCAUUUCCUCAAAUGGGAUGAGGUUACCAAACUCAAGUUUGAAGCAAAGACAUUCCAUAUAUAUGCAAAUCAGAAGGAGGAUAGGAAGAUCAUCCUGACUUACUUUGCACCUACACCCGAGGCCUGUAAGCAUUUGUGGAAGUGUGGAGUCGAGAAUCAAGCCUUCUUCAAGCUGGAGAAGUCAAGUCAAGUCCGCACUGUGUCCAGUAGUAAUCUCUUCUUCAAGGGUAGUCGUUUCAGAUACAGUGGAAAAGUUGCAAAGGAAGUAAUGGAACAAAGUGCCAAAAUUAAGAGAGACCCCCCAGAAAUCCACAGGGCUGGUAUGGUACCAAGUAGGAGUUGUCCAUCCAUCACCCAUGGCCCUCGUUUGACCAGUGUGCCCAGGACCCGACGUAGAGCUGUACACAUCUCCAUCAUGGAAGGUCUGGAGUCUCUUCGAGACAGUGCCCACUCUACGCCUGUACGCUCCGUCUCCCAUGGCGACUUCAUGCCUUCCCGGGGCCGGCUGAUGGACGGCAGCGAGGCAAGUACAUCGGCCGUCAUCUCUGAUGAAGCCUACAGCCCCUCAGACAGUGUGCUGCCUACACCUGUGGCGGAACAUGGCAUGGAAAUGCCUUUGGACCGCCACCACAAUGGGUCUACUUGCAGCGUUGAUGAGGAGCAGGAUUCCGGGGCGGGGACAUUAAAGGAAGGGAAGGCAGCAGAGUUCAGGCUUGGCAGGAGAGCGCUGCGUAUGGUUAGGAGCAGACAGUCACCACAGAGCGACGCAGAGGAGCUGAACAAAUUCAUCCUGAGUGUGUUACGUCUGUUCCUGGUUACCAUCGGACUGUUGUUCGCCCUGCUGCUGCUCCUCAUCAUGCUGACAGAAUCAGACUUGGACAUAGCCUUCCUGAGGGACAUCCGCAAGACACCGGAAUUCCAGCAGUUCCACUUUGAAUACUUCUGCCCCCUGCGGCGCUGGUUCGCCUGUAAGUUACGAUGGAUGGGAGGUUUUCUUAUCAGUAAGUGAGGUGAGCUGAAUGGUGCACUGACUGAACAACACAGCAUAACCCUCCACAGAUGGAGAUGAGACAUGUUCAACAGAGAGACAGGUCAGGAGAGAGGGCAAGAGGAGGGAAAAGAAAAAAAAUAUGGUUCCUAAUAUGGACUCAUAAGCGUCUCAGAGGAAGGAGCUCCUGCCACAGAGCCACGGACUGACUCCUGACAAGUUUUGACCAUUUCAGCAAGGGAAAAAAUAUAUCAUAUUUACUUUGCAAAGUAUUUUGAUUAUUAUUUGUGCACAAAAAUCACUGCUACGGGGUCAAACAUGUCUGACGGACUACACUCAUCCAACCACUAAAAACAGUUGCCUUUACUUUUUGACUAAUUUAUGCUGUUACAUCAUUAUUACACAGAUUGUCUUGCUGUCUUGGGGUGUGUUUUUUUUGUUGACCAGCGAUUGUAAGAUGAAGUUUGCAGUCUCACUAACAACAACAUUUAUCAUUGUUGGGGUCUGUUCUGAGACUAAUAACAGUACCUGGGCUGGUGUGUGUCUGUGUGUACUUUUGUUGUGAUAGCCAGUUUUGGUUCAGCAUCAUUUUUGGCUGCUCCUCAUAACUUCAAAGGGCUGUUUGAGUGUUGAGUCAUGGUUUGUAGGGCUAAAAUUAGUUUAACGUUAGGGUGGUGGCUGUGACGGUGUAAGUUAGGGCAAGGGUUGGAGAAUGCAUUUUGCCAUUGAGUGUCCUCACAGCUGGGGAAAGACAAGAAUGUGUGUGUGUGUGUGUGUGUGUGUGAACGGGUGGGUUUAAAGAAAAUCUGAGCAGCAAUUUCUGAAUGUAAAUCAGUCCUGUGUAAAAACAAUAUUUACAAAUCUUAUAUUUUGUUGCACUGGCAAUGUGUGUAGAGCCAUUAGCACACUUUAAAGGUCCAAUAUGCAAUAUUCGAUUGAGUAUUUUCACAACAGGGGCUCCAAUGACAACACACAGAGAAGGAGUGUGACACGCCUCUCUGCUGAAGAACUAUAGUUCGGAACUAUACUAUAUGGAUGCAGACUAUUGCAUAAUGUACCUUUAAAGCAACUAGACCUUUCUGAAUUCUUCAGGUAUGUUAAACAACCACAUAUGAAGGUGUUUAAGUAAGUUGUAGUAGCUAUUUAAUCUGGGAGUGAUGUUAAUGCUGCCUUGUUACAAGCCUUGAAUAAUUCUUUGUAAUGAAAGUGACUUAGUUUAUUGUUAGUCGUGCGCCAUCACCAUCUCGGCCAGAACACCAAAACCUUUCAUUGUCCACUGAUUAUAACUCAAUCUUUUGUUAGUAUGACAGUAAUGGAGGUGGUAGGUUCACUGGUUUAAUUAAAUAACAGCCAAAUAAUGCUAAUACAGUAACUACUAUCAGCUGAUGGGACUAUGUUAGAGCUGUAGUGAUAGUGAUGUGUUGGUUUGCUCUAUGACUCUGUAGAAAGGAGCUUAUCUUUGUGUGCAAAACUGUUAAUAUAAAGUCCUUUACAUGAUGGAAAUGUUGGUCUUUGUAGAAUGUAGAGCAAAUAUUAGUUAUAUUUUAGUUAUAAGACGGCUAAUGUGGUCCUACGUAUUCUUUUCUUUUCUAAAAUUAAGACCCAUGUUCCACUUUGUGUUUAGCUCUGCUGUUUAUAUUUCAUCAUUUUAUACACAUGGAGAUUUCCUCACGGCAACUUUCAGUGGACUUGAAAAGUCAUUUUUAUAGUAGAUACAUGGUUAUCAGACCCGCACCUGCUUCUGAGAGACCCUAAGAUAAUUCAUGUUUACGUCCAACUUCAACCGACCAAAGAAACCGCUGUUGUCCGUCAGUUAGCAUCAGAUGGAAAACUCUGAUAGUCCUGCUGUCCUUCUCCAGUGUUGUUGUGUUACUUCACAUGUAAAUCAGCAGCCCAGAGCGAACAACAGCAUACUUAACACCACAGACAAACCUAAACAAUAUGUACUGUAGGUAUAUGCUGUCUGCAAGUGAUCAUUCUGAUCGUUGACGACUUUAACCACAAAAUGAUUGAGGAAAAGGUAAAGCAAUAUGGGCAGUUCUUCAAAUUACCACAGGUCUUUUUUUGUUCUUUUUUUCUGUUUGGUGCAGUGUUAGACAAGAGAAACAGAAAUAUCAGAUAUAUUUAUAUUCUGUAGUUUCUGUAUUCGGUGGUUUUUGAUGUGGAGGUAAAUUGAAUCAGUAGAUAUUUUUGCUUUGUACCGGAUUGAUUUUCUCAUUUUAUGUUCAUGUGUGUCAAGAAAAUGCAGCAUAAUUUGAGCAAUAAAUAUUGUAAACAAUGUAAUGGACACGAUUAACAAUGAACAGCUAACCAAUCAAUGUUCAUCUGUCUACUCAACAUGGAAAAUGUCUUUUGAAUUCACUCAGAGGGUAAAAACAGACUGUAGAUGCAUGUGAGAACAGAAUGGUGCCCAGUGCUCUCCAGCAGCCAGCAGCACACAACACUCUGUGGUACAGAUAUUUCUUCAGAGUAUCUAUUGUUCAUGAAAGGGGGGGGGAGGAGGUUUAUAUGCAAGUCCUGUUUAGUUGUUGCCUCCUUCGAAACUGCUUUCUUUUCACUCACUCCACGGAAAUGUAUUAGACAAAAAGAUUUUGUAUAAAGUGACAGCAGAAGCUUUUUAUUUGACUCAGAAAAAAGGUGUGGCCUCCAUGACGUUGGAGCAGUUUCUAUUUCUAGCCAAUUCAAAAACAGCAUAGGUAGCAUACUGAACUACUCGACUCUCUCUCUUUGUGCAAUGCAGUUGUGUUGGUUUUUUUUUUGUGCAGCUCAAAUCUGUUUCAGAUCACCUAAGCCACACCAUGAUAGAGCAGGAAGACAGCUCCAUCUUACAUUCAUAUGAUUAAUGUUGACUGGAGUUAAGCCUGAGAUUUUGUCUUACUGUAAGAUUGUUUCCUGUACCAUAGCCCCACACAUGGAAUUGUCUCUGUAAGCAUGUGCUCUGCAUUUAUUACCUCCAACAAGGCUGCUUAUUUCCAACCACUAACUGAAUACUGCUGUACACUAUUUAUGAAUAAAUAUAAUCUAUUCUUGA